AAGGACAAGUCGGCGUGUAUUAAAUGUGAAGGCAAAAAUGGGCCCCCUGUUGUUCGUAUCCGUAAAGAUCUCCCUCCCUUAUGCAAAAAAUGUUUUUUAGCUGGUUGUGUUCACAAGUUUCGUUCCAGCUUUGGUAAAGCCAACAUUGUUAAAGAUAAAGAAUCUGUGGCAUUGGGUUUUACUGGUGGUGCAUCAUCUUUAGCAAUGCUCUUUUUAGCGAAAAAGUGUCAAGAAGAAACUCGACAUUUGAGGUUUCAGCCAACAAUUAUAUGCUUAUAUGACGAAGAUAUGCCCUACCCAUCGCAACAGGAACUAUUUAUGAAGCAGUCAGGUUUCGAAUAUCAUAUUGUUAGGACUGAUAAGAUCUCCUCCGACCUCAGCCUGCCUAAUAUUGACGCGUCCAAACGAGUGUCGAAUUCUAUUCUGACAGCAACAGAAGAAUUAACUCGCUGGAGCCGGCUUGAUCAGCUGAAAACUUAUUCUUCAAGGAUUCUUGGUUUUAAAUAUUUGAUGGUUGGUGAUAAUGCUAGCCAGCUUGCUGCUAAUUGCCUUUCCGGCAUUGCACAGGCUCGUGGUGGGUCAAUAGCCUCUGAGCUGGGUUUUGCGGACACUCGAUACGAUGAUGUGACCAUUCUUCGACCAAUGUAUACAUUUUUAUCAAAGGAGGUGGCUCUUUUUCUCCGAUUUUGCAACCUUGAGCCCCUGAUUGAACCAUGCUUGAGUACACUGCAUAAUUUGAAAUACGGUCCCAGUGCAAACUCGAUUCAGCGACUUACCCAGGACUUCAUUAGCUCUCUUCAGUUUGGGGGUUUCCCGUCAACCACAACAGCAAUUCUUAGUUCUGCUUCGAAGACUCUACCAGAUGAUACUGGUGCCAACUGUCAUUGUAAAAUUUGCAGAGCACCAAUGAAACCUCCAGGAGGAAACGGUGCCACAGCUGACGCCGCCUUUGAGUUUUCAGCUCUAAUUUCAAGGAAUGCGAAAAUGAAUUAUGCCUCCGCACAAGAAUCAUCUCCUUCUGAGCGGCCCUCAGGCAUUUGCACUUGUUGCCUAGUCAAUUUGACUGAAAUAGAUGAGAGCCUGUGA